AUGAUUAACGACGAUAAUGAUGACCAACCACAGUUAUCAGCUGAAACAUUGAAAGCUCUUCAAGAGUGGCAACAAGAACAAGAACAAAAUAAUGCAGCAAAUAAACCACAAGAAGAUUGGCAAUUAAGUCAAUUUUGGUAUAACAAUGAAACAGCUACACGAUUGAUGGAUGAAGUAAGAGCUAUUUUACCAGAACAUGGACAAUGUGCCUUUGUUGCUUGUCCAACUGUAUGGAAUCUUAUACGUAAAGAACAUCCAGAAAUUCAUAGUGUUCUAUUUGAAUAUGAUACUCGUUUUUCUACUGGUGAUAAUACUUUUGUUGAAUACGAUUAUAAUGAUAGUGAACGAAUUGAACAAAAUUAUGCUUCUUUAAAACAUUCCUUUGAUGUUUUGAUUAUUGAUCCACCAUUUCUUUCACGAGAAUGUUUCGAAAAAGUAUCUCAUCUAGCUAAAUUUAUUGGUAAAACAACACCUAUAUGUAAAAAUAUCAUAUGUACUGGUGCUAUACAAGAAGAAAAUAUAAAAGAAUUUUUUCCAGGUGCUACUCGUGUCACAUUUCAACCUCGACAUGAACGCAAUCUAAUGAAUCCUUUUGCUUGUUUUGUUGAUUAUGAAACAAAAACAUUAAAUAAUGAAUAA